AUGUUUUCACUUUCACAAAGGUUCCAACAAACCAGCAAUCAAGCGCUUAGCUUUGCUAUUUUCGCCGCAGCAUUCGUGGUCGCUACUUUUUGGGCUCAACUAUACAUGGAGAAUGCCUUCCAUCUAUCGUCAUCGGUGUCCAACGUUAAACCAUCCAUCAAUGUCAGAACGAGCCGAUACUAUGGCUCAAUAAACGGGAAACCGAAAGAGAAUUUAAAAGUGUCGUUUGACUUGAAUGCUGAUUUGGCCCCGUUGUUCAAUUGGAACACGAAACAGGUUUUUGUCUAUGUCACCGCGGCGUAUAACGGAAAGCUAAAACCCGGCGUUAAGAGCGAGGUAACUCUAUGGGACUCCAUCAUCACCGACAAGGAAAGUUCCCAGAUUUCUCUAUCGAACAUGAAAUCGAAGUACUCGAUCUGGGAUGUUGAAGAGAAGCUCUCCGAGCGGGAGCUGACGUUGAAGCUGCAUUGGAACAUCCAACCUUGGAUUGGGAGCUUGGUAUAUGGGGAAACGGAAGGACAGUCGACUGUGCUCAUUCCACAGUCUCAGAGCACACAGAAAACGAAAGUCAAGGCUACACAGUGA